AUCAUUAUUUAUUUAUCAUAAUCAAUUACUCAAUUACAAAAAAAAAAAUCUUUAAUUAAAAAAAUUAAUUAUUUUGAUAUAAUAACUGCCUGCCAAAAACGUUGAAACGGUGUAGCUUUGGUUACGUAUAUCAGUUGACUCACUCUUCGAGUCUUGACAAUUUCUAUCAACACAGCAGCGUAGAUACAGGGAAAACGGAUAGCGAUUAUGAAGCCGUUAGGAUGGUGGUUGAUGCUGGUUGGCUCCCGCCGAUUAGCCUCCGUCUGGUUCGGCUUCUUUGACAUCUGGGCUCUCCGCCUCGCCGUUUUCUCCAAGACUACUAGCAACUUCCCUCUCUUUCUCUCUCCCUGGAAACUAAAAACGCUUCUCCUUUCCAAAUUUCGUUUUCCGUGAAGUACACUCACUCUCACGACUAAAGAAGCUUUAUUUAUCAGUAGCACUUAACUGCAAAGGGCAGUGAGCUAGCUUUGAGAUGGUCCUGAAGACAAGACAAUGGCCAUCCAAAAUCUGACAACCGCUGGCAUCUUUGCAGGCACUUCGAUAGUAUGGAUGUUGUUACAGUGGAACGCACACCAGGAGCCGCAUGUCAAGAAUGCUUGAAAAGGAAUUCAGUUGCUUCGCAGAUACCGCAGGAUUCUCUCAUUUCCUUUUUUUCAAUUGACUUUCAGUAUCAGGUACUUUAUUCGAGUUUGAACUUUUAAGGCUCAUUGCCAAAUAAACUGACGAGGAAUGC